AUGUCUGCGGCUGAUCAAGGCACAGUGGAAACCACGAUAAAUCGUGCUCCCACGUCCGAGGAAUUAAAGAAAUUUAAAUUUGUUAGGCUCCUCAGUGAAGAUCCUCGCACCAAAACGGCCGCGAUUCUCGGUACUCUGGGUUUUCAAUCUCACGACUCGGUUUCUCACGAUGCCGUCAUUUUAUUGGAAAAAUUACAUUUUGGUACUGAUGAGUUUGAGAUGUUUACGCAUGAUCGAGUAUCUCAAUAUAACCAACUAGAUAAAAACGAUGUAUACCAUUGGUACAAUAUUUUGUUGAACAAAAACGAGAAAUGGCCGGAUGCAAAGGUCACUUUGAUCUGGCCAGCUACAGAAACUCACAUCAAGAAAUACAGUUUCCAGCAAAGAUUUCUCGUAUGCGAGACACCAGAGAUUUACGAAAAGGUUGUCAAACCUCACAUUGAUUCCAUUCCACAGAGUAGAAUACAGUGGGUUUAUAAUAUUUUGUCUAAACAAAGUGAAUCCGAAAAAUUGAUUUUGGAAGUUGAAGGAGAAGAUAAAGGAUUUAUUCUUUUGCCAGACAUGAAAUGGGACAACAAAACAUUGGAAUCUCUUUAUCUUCAAGUAAUCGUUCAUAGAAGAGAUGUGCGUUCAUUGCGAGAUUUAAACGAGACCCAUUUGCCACUGUUGAAAAAUCUCCGCCAGAAAGUUCUCGAAAACGUACCAAAGAGAUACCCCGGUGUUGGCGCAGAUGAAUUACGUUUAUUCGUGCAUUACCAACCUUCAUAUUAUCAUUUCCACGUUCAUAUAAUGCACAUACGCAACGAUAGCAUCGCGGGUGGAAUCGCCAUUGCUAAGGCUUUUCUGUUGGAUGAUAUAAUUGAAAACAUCGAGAAAUUUGCCGGCGAUUAUUAUCAACGAUGCAAUUUAACUUACAUCAUGGGCCAAAAUGACGCGUUGUUUUCAAAAUUGAAUGACGCUGGUGCAAGGGUUAACCCUGAUUGCUAA